AUUGCCUGCUCCAGAGGGCCCCGGGCCAGGCCUCCAAGCUCGAUGUGUCCUGGGACGGGGCACCGGCCAGAUCAAGGCCCUGAUUGCUUCUGGAACUGAGGCAGGACCCCAAGGGCUGGUCCCCAAGGCCAGACCUGGCCGUGCCAAGCUUCUUGGCUCAGCUCCUGCAGCACCAUGCACGCCGAGGAAGGGCGGGGAGCCAGGCCUUCUCUUGCUUUGCUGGGUUGGGGUCCCCCAGGGGCCGGGGCUGUGCUGAGAACACGGCAGGCAGAAGCGCAGUGUGGCCUCCUCCGGCUGUGGGGCUCAGUUCCUGCUUCACCUUGUUUUUCUUAACUACAGUUGAAGGGAGAAGUGAAUGCCCCACUUGGGGCCGAUUCCCCGCAGGCUGGGUUAUUUUCUCACCACUGGGCAGAGCACAGAGCGAGGUUCCCUCCCUCCCCGGGCAGCUGCUUCUCUCCGUCUCAUGUUGGAGCCGAGUCCAGCAAGUGCUUCCGUCACUGGGACUCACACAGCUGUCAGCCUGGGGAGGACCCCUCAGUCAUUCCCUGGGGGACCAGCGUGCUUCCCAGCCGGGGUGACAGGACGGGUGGGUGAGGAGAGCUGUGCGGCACGGUGCCUCGUACGGCCCAUGUGGUGUGCAGGGAAAGGAGAGUCACCCUGUGCCAAUAACGGCACCUCGUGGAGAAUGAAGAGUGCAGACCUCCAGCCCUCUCCCUGCAGUUCACUAAGCCCUGAAGUGAAUGGUCACGAAUGGAGUGCGGAAAUCCCCUGCAAUCAUAUCAGAAACUGGGCAGUUUCAAGGUGGAAAGGAAACACCAGGCUGACUCCCCUCCUCUUUCUGCAGCCAGCACUGUGGCUUUCCGUGGGCGGCACGACAAUUUGUCACUGUGCUCUCAGCACAUCUUUCAAAUACAGGGAUGUGACCUUUCGUGGUUUUUGCCAUUUCAAAGAAUCUGGGAUUCUCUUCUGGGCUCUGGAGAAACCGGUGGCUGACACCUCUAACCUGUACCUCCAGCCAGAUAUCUAAGGAGCUGAAGAGCAGGCAUGUGGGAUGACUCUCCCUGAUGUCCCUGCACCUGUGACCUGCCAGGCCGGGGGGCCGUUGCUGGGGCUCUUUCUAGGCCCAUCCCGGAGAGAACUGCACUCGGACGGGGCUCACCUUCCCCCGGCUUCUCCACAGAGACUUGACCACCGGAGUGUCUGCAGCGUCCCUGGAACCCCAGGAAAAGUAGAAACAACGCUUCAGGUUCAUCGCCAAGCGUGGGGGACAGCGGGCCUCCACUGCCGCGAGGUAAACAACACCAUGCCCCCCGGUGUGGACUGCCCCAUGGAGUGCUGGGCCGAGGAGGAGAACCAGAGCGUGGUGGUGGACUUCCUGCUGCCCACGGGUGUCUACCUCAACUUCCCUGUGUCCCGCAACGCCAACCUCAGCACCAUCAAGAAGGUGCUGUGGCACCGGGCGCAGUAUGAGCCGCUCUUCCACAUGCUCAGCGACCCAGAGGCCUACGUGUUCACCUGUGUCAACCGGACAGCCGAGCAGCAGGAGCUGGAGGACGAGCAGCGGCGGCUGUGUGACGUGCAGCUCUUCCUGCCGGUGCUGCGCGUGGUGGCCCGGGAAGGUGACCGUGUCAAGAAGCUCAUCAACUCCCAGAUCAGCCUCCUCAUUGGCAAAGGCCUCCACGAGUUCGACUCCCUGCAUGACCCGGAGGUGAACGACUUCCGAGCCAAGAUGCGCCAGUUCUGUGAGGAGGCGGCCGUGCGGCGCCAGCAGCUGGGCUGGGAGGCCUGGCUGCAGUACAGCUUCCCCCUGCAGCUCGAGCCCUCAGCCAGGAGCGGGGCACCUGGUCCCCAGCCAGUCCCCAGCCGUGCCCUGCUGGUCAACGUCAAGUUCGAGGGCAGCGAGGAGAGCUUCACCUUCCAGGUGUCCAGCAGAGAUAUGCCGCUGGCGCUGAUGGCCUGCGCCCUGCGCAAGAAGGCCACCGUCUUCCGGCAGCAGGCGGUAGAGCAGCCGGAGGACUACGCCCUGCAGGUGAACGGCAGGCACGAGUACCUGUACGGCAGCUACGCGCUCUGCCAGUUCCAGUACAUCUGCAGCUGCCUGCAUAACGGCCUGACCCCCCACCUCACCAUGGUACACUCCUCCUCCAUCCUGGCCAUGCGGGAUGAGCAGGGCGACCCGGCCCCCCAGGUCCAGAAGCCACGCCCCAAACCGCCCCCCAUCCCCACCAAGAAGCCCUCCUCCACAUCCCUGUGGUCACUGGAGCAGCCAUUCUGUGUGGACCUCAUCCAGGGCAGCAAGGUGAACGCGGACGAACGCAUGAAGCUGGUGGUGCAGGCCGGCCUCUUCCAUGGCCACGAGAUGCUGUGCAAGACGGUGUCCAGCUCGGAGGUCAGCGUGUGCUCGGAGCCCGUCUGGAAGCAGCGGCUGGAGUUUGACAUCAACGUGUGUGACCUGCCGCGCAUGGCCCGGCUCUGCUUUGCGCUCUACGCCGUGGUGGAGAAGGCCAAGAAGGCGCGCUCCACCAAGAAGAAGUCCAAGAAGGCGGACUGCCCGAUCGCCUGGGCCAACAUCAUGCUGUUCGACUACCGGGACCAGCUCAAGACCGGGGAGCGCUGCCUGUACAUGUGGCCCUCGGUCCCAGAUGAGAAAGGGGAGCUGCUGAACCCCGCGGGGACUGUGCGCGGCAACCCCAACACCGAGAGCACGGCCGCCCUGGUCAUCUUCCUGCCGGAGGUGGCCCCAAACCCCGUGUACUACCCAGCCCUGGAGAAGAUCCUGGAGCUGGGGCGGCAAGGGGAGCAGCGCGGGCACCCCACUGAGGAGGAGCAGCUGCAGCUGCGGGAGAUCCUGGAGCGGCGGGGCUCCGGGGAGCUCUACGAGCACGAGAAGGACCUGGUGUGGAAGAUGCGCCACGAGGUCCAGGAGCACUUCCCGGAGGCGCUGGCCCGCCUGCUGCUGGUCACCAAGUGGCACAAGCACGAGGAUGUGGCCCAGAUGCUCUGUCUGCUCUGCUCCUGGCCCGAGCUGCCCGUCCUGAGUGCCCUGGAGCUGCUGGACUUCAGCUUCCCCGACUGUCACGUGGGCUCCUUCGCCAUCAAGUCCCUGCGGAAACUGACGGACGACGAGCUCUUCCAAUACCUGCUGCAGCUGGUCCAGGUGCUCAAGUACGAGUCCUACCUGGACUGCGAGCUGACCAAGUUCUUGUUGGACCGUGCGCUGGCCAACCGCAAGAUCGGCCACUUCCUCUUCUGGCACCUCCGCUCCGAGAUGCACGUGCCAUCGGUGGCCCUGCGCUUUGGCCUCAUCAUGGAGGCCUACUGCCGGGGCAGCACCCACCACAUGAAGGUGCUGAUGAAGCAGGGGGAAGCACUGAGCAAGCUGAAGGCGCUGAAUGACUUCGUGAAGGUCAGCUCCCAGAAGACCACCAAGCCUCAGACUAAGGAGCUGAUGCACCUGUGCAUGCGGCAGGAGACCUACCUGGAGGCGCUGUCCCAUCUGCAGUCCCCGCUGGACCCCAGCACGCUGCUGGAGGAAGUGUGCGUGGAGCAGUGCACCUUCAUGGACUCCAAGAUGAAGCCGCUGUGGAUCAUGUACAGCAGCGAGGAGGCGGGCAGCGCCGGCAGUGUGGGCAUCAUCUUCAAGAACGGGGAUGACCUCCGCCAGGACAUGCUGACGCUGCAGAUGAUCCAGCUCAUGGACGUGCUGUGGAAGCAGGAGGGCCUGGACCUGAGAAUGACCCCCUACGGCUGCCUCCCCACUGGUGACCACACAGGCCUCAUCGAGGUGGUGCUGCAUUCGGACACCAUUGCCAACAUCCAGCUGAACAAGAGCAACAUGGCAGCCACGGCCGCCUUCAACAAGGACGCCCUACUCAACUGGCUCAAGUCCAAGAACCCGGGGGAUGCUCUGGACCGAGCCAUCGAAGAGUUCACCCUGUCCUGUGCUGGCUACUGCGUGGCCACCUAUGUGCUGGGCAUCGGUGAUCGGCACAGCGAUAACAUCAUGGUCCGCGAGAGUGGACAGCUGUUCCACAUUGAUUUUGGCCACUUCCUGGGAAAUUUCAAGACGAAGUUUGGAAUCAACCGUGAGCGGGUCCCAUUCAUCCUCACCUAUGACUUCGUCCACGUGAUUCAGCAGGGGAAGACGAAUAACAGCGAGAAAUUUGAGAGGUUCCGGGGCUACUGCGAACGCGCCUACACCAUCCUGCGGCGCCAUGGCCUCCUCUUCCUGCACCUCUUUGCGCUGAUGCGGGCAGCGGGCCUGCCCGAGCUCAGCUCCUCCAAAGACAUCCAGUAUCUCAAGGACUCCCUGGCGCUGGGGAAGACCGAGGAUGAGGCGCUGAAGCACUUCCGGGUGAAGUUUAACGAGGCCUUGCGCGAGAGCUGGAAGACCAAGGUGAACUGGCUGGCGCACAACGUGUCCAAAGAUAACAGGCAGUAGCAGCCGCCUGCAGCCACGCCGGUCCCGGGCCGCCCUGGGAGGCACAGCGUGGUCCUGGGGCCAGGCCCCGAGCCUGGCCGUACCUCAUGAGGAAGAACCACAUAGUCGCCUUUUGUUUACACUGGUUAUUUAUUUGUGACCGAGACAAUUAAGAAGCCAGCCAUAAAUGGACACGCACCCCGAGGGGAGGCAGCCGGCCAACUGUCUUCCGCUGUGGGCGGCCCAGCAGACUCCCCAAGAUAGGGCAUCUCUCCGCAGGUUCUGCCUGCCGCCAGGGCUCGGUGCCUAGCUGUCACCUGCCACCUCCUCUCGAGACAGGACCGGGCUCACUGCCUCUUCCCACACUGGGUGCCCCCACCCACCUGCCUCUCCUCCACUGACCCAGUCCUAGGCUGCUCUGGAGCAAGCCACGUAUGCUGUAGACUCAGGGACACUUGUUUGUCACUGCUGAUGUGACUCUUGGUACGGGGGACACCUUUACCCGGUUCACUGUCGGGUGAAAAAAUAGCCAGACCACUCCAUGAACUUGCACGGCUGGGGAUGGGCACCCAGUCCCCACCAAGGACUGUACAGCUUGGUCAAGCUGUUCUGGGAAGACGAAGCAUGGCUGGGCUCCUCCUGGUCACCACCCCAGGGAAGGGGACACGUGGUGUCCUUGGUGCAAUGCUGUGCAAGCUGCCCCGUCUCAGGCCAUCUGGAAUGGAGGGACAGCACCUGCUGUCACUCGGAGGUGUCACCACUGGCAAGCAGCACCCUUCCCACACAGUGCUUAGUUGGAGAUGGUCGAGGCAAAGCCUUAGGCCUCCUAGGGGUAGGCUGAGGGGUCCAGGCCCAGGCCUCUCCUGCCCUUCCAAGGCCACUGCAACUGGCCACAGGCCCAGGAAGCGGCACUCCUGGAGUGAAGCCCACAGGCUGGGGAUGAAGCUCAGCUGGCAGGGCGUACGCUGCUUAGCAUGUGCAAGGCCCUGGCUGCCAACACUUGCAAACCAGAAACCAAAAAAAGCAUCCUGAGACUCCUGACCUGGUUCAUGCUGCAGUGCCCUCAGCAGCCUCCCGAGGCUCUGCAGCCAGGUGCCAGCUGUCUGCAUGUGGGAGCUGGGGACCAUCGGUGCCAUGCAGACCACUCGCUGGUUCUCUGCUCGGGGAAGGAAAGCUGUGGUGCCUGCUUGUGUCGCGUUAUUUAUUGUAACAAGUCUGGGUGCUCCUGGCCCGGCGCAGCUGCUGCACACCCUUGGCAACAUGCGGCUCAGGUGUGCGGCCCAUGUGCCUGGCAAGCAGAAAUAUUUUCUAUUUUUUUAAGUCACUUUGUGGGUCUGUCAGGAAGGCAAGCUGAGCCGCACUGACUGGGUGCAUCGGUGGAACCCUGAUGUGAGCAGUGAAGGAAGCUGGAAAGAAAUAAAGGUCUUUUUAUGUUCUUAUGUUCUCGGCUCAGAAAGGAACGGGGGGGGGGGGUUUAACACAGGAGAGCCCCACUCAGAGAGAGUUAGAACCAGAGCUUUAUUGUAGUGUGUACAUUUCCCGACCUCGCACCAAUAUACACAUCCAGGGGGCACCAGCACUAUGCACGCAGAGGGCCUCUGCAGGACACCUGCCCAUUGUCCACACAGCAGUGGCCGGGACAGGAUAGGGGAGGGCGGCCGCGCGGCACAGCAUGGCACCCAUGGUCCACACCAGCAGCAGUUCACACCCGGGUUCGAGGGGGAUGGGGCGGGGAGGAAGACAGCGUGCAUGGUCCCAGAUCCCGUCAGACUGCCUGCUCCAUGUUGGCCUCCACCCUGAGAAGCAGCAGGACCCUGGGCUCUGGGUGUGGCUUGGGAGGAGGGCGGUGGGUGCAGGCAGCCUGCAGCCUGCGGACGUUCCGCACAGCAGCUGAGGCUCCCGCGGGUCCCGUGCGCUCUACCACCUGGGAAGCCGGUCCAGGCCUCGAGGUGCGGGCAGAGAGGAGUGUGGGUGGGGCCGAACACCGAGGAGGCAAAGGCCAGGCCUCUGCUCCAAGGAGGGUACCCGACUGACCGGGUCCCUGAGCGGCAGCCAGGUCUCCAAGCCCCCUGCACUCAGCAUCACUUUACAGUCCUGACUACACUAGCACGAAGGACACAGAGAAUCCGGAUUUAUUUACAAAAUAUUAAAAAGUCAUUGAUCAUCUACAUAUUAACCCCCACUCUGCCACUUUAUACAUGCACUAGUUUGGAAAAAAUAAAAACUUUAAAAAAAAAAAAAAAAAAAGAAA